CUGAUAUCUUGCAGUGGGUGGUGCUACAGAGACAGGUAAAUCUGUUUUCUUCACCUACAGUUCUACAUAUGACAAAAAAGAAGAACACAUAAGUUGUACCUGCUGUUAAAACUCCACACAUCUCAGAGUUUUGCAUGGACUAGAGGCUCACAGCACCACAGAGAUGUUGGUUGGUAAAGGACUAAGGAAAAAGGAGAACGUAAGCCUGAAUUUACCACAGCUGAGCAAUGAGAUGCAGCUGAUCCUCAUGAACAAGGUGAAGAAUGGGGAGCUGACCAUUGAGGAUGCCCUGGACCAGGCCCAAAGGGACAGGGAGCAGCUGCUGCUCAAGCAGCAAAGCCAGUCUGUGGAGGACCAGGAAGUCUUACAGCACAAUUUCAGUGUCCGCCGUCACAACCGCAAGUGGCAAAAGUGUAUUCUUCAGAUUGACUUCAACACUAAGAUGGUGUGCUGCAUAGAAAAGGGAAUCAUCAAGCACCAGCUGUCUUUCGAGUGUGUGAAGAGCUGUGAAGACGGAGCAGGAGCCAGGUUCUCCAUCUCAUUUCGUGGACACCAAGAUUACGAGCUUGAGGCCACUUCUCUGUGUGACAAACACAAGAUUGUGCAGUUUGUGAACACCAUAAUCUACAGAAAUAUAUACAUCAAUCCAGUAGAGGACACUGUUCAGACCCACGGACAACCUUUAGCACCAAAAAGCAUUCGGGAGGGCCAACUUUUGAUGCACAGAGGCGGUUUGGCAUCAUUUAAAUGGGUGAAAUACGAGGCGCAGCUCCGUCCUGGACAGCUGACCCUGGUCCCCACCAUCAGACGAGGGGUAUCUGAUGACAGCGACGUCCCCUCAACUGCACCCUUAUCCAUCGUCAUUCACCUCUCAGACGGAGACACCAGUGUAGAGAAACAACCCAGCUGUGACACCUUCACCCUGAUCACCCACAAGAACGAGCACCAGUUUCGAGUCCCUGUGAACGAGUGGGUGAAGAGUGCACAGGCUGUACAGACAGAGAGAGAUGAAUGGGUCCUUGCCAUAGACAACCUGUGCUUGGAGUGGAAACGAAAGUCUCUGUCUAAAUCCAUGAAUGAGGACAGGGCGGCCAAACAAGUCUAUGACAGUUCUGGUGACACUGACGAAAGGUCAACAGUUAGCGAAGCAGCGAGCAACUUCUCCUCAGAUGGGUGUCUGUUGCGAUCCGGAGGAGAGAGGGACCAGAGUACACCACUGGCAUUGUUUGGAAGGCGUGGCUCUAAUACUCCGCAGAUAUCCGCAUCUACUUCUGAUGCUCCUAGUCCCAGCUCUACUAACCCUAGCUAUGCCUUACCUGUCAGUUCAUCCAGCCGCCACACACCUACAUCUCCUGUUGAUAGUAAUGGCCUCGUACCCACCUCUCCUGGGCCGGUCCUGAUACCCACCUCUCCUGGGCCGGUCCUGAUACCCACCUCUCCUGGGCCAGUCCUGAUACCUACCUCUCCUGUCCGACUCCUACCUUCCCGGGAAGCGCCCCCUCCCCCAAACAUCCCACUUCCGCCACCACUACCCUCCAACCUUGUAUUUAAACCGUCAUCCAAGCGAACCAAGGCUUUUCACUGGGAUAUUGUUAGUUCAGACAAGAUUGAAAAAUCAUUUUGGAUCGCAGGAAGGGCUAGCAAGAUUGAAAUCACCAUUUCACGCUUGCAUGAGGAAUUUGCAACACAAGAUCUGGGAAGAAUUGGUGGGUUUGAGGCCAGUAACAAUCAAGUCCACAUCAUGCUGAACCAGAAGAUUGCACACAACUUCAACAUUUUCCUCAAAAGUUUUCCAGUGCAGCCAGGAGAGCUGAAGGACAAAUUGUUAAUAGUUAAUGAGGACGAUGGGGGGCUGUCUGAUGAACACAUUACAUCCCUGAGGAGAUAUGUACCAACCUUGGAUGACGUGGAAAUGUACACAUCUCAUAAGGGACCAGUAUCUGAUCUGCACAUAGUUGACCAAUACAUGAUGGAGAUAUGCAAAAUUCCAUACCUGAGCACACAGCUGGACCUGCUGCUGACUCUGAGAGAACUUCCCCACAGCAUGAAGGACAUGCAGCCUCUGAUUAACCAGAAGAUCCAAAUGUGCAUGCAGCUGCUGAGCUCCAGGUCAUUUGUUUCCGUGCUGGAGUACCUCCUCGCCAUUGGCAAUUACCUGAACGAGAACGCGGGGAAGGGAAAGGCCAAGGGAUUCCGCCUCUCGUCCUUAACUAAACUCUCCCAACUGCGUGGGAAAGAGAAGAAGUUCACCUUGCUGCAUGCCCUUGUGGAGCAGCUCAUGUUGCAGGCACCCGGCUUGGCAACCUUUUUCCAAGAGUUGACAGAAUUUGAUACUGUCCCAGGAGCAUCUAUUAAAGGCCUCACCGCAGAAGUGGAUGUUGUAAAGAAUGAGCUACAGAAGGCCAUUCAAUACAGGAAAGGUUACAAGAAGAGAAACUCAGGAGAGCAACACGUCAAGUUCUCUAAAGACCUGAAGAUGGCAAUUGAGAAGCACAAAACAGAUCUCUCUCUGUUGACAAAAAGAUGUGAAGAGAUGAAGAAACUCUACACUGACAUAUUGGUUAAAUUUGGUGAGUCACUGGAUCAAGACUCCCAGGAGUUCUUUGGCUUGGUGUGCCAAUUCAUCAGUGACUUCAAGAGGACACAUGCUCAAAUGAUAUAAAUUCUUCUUGGUAUUGUUAGAGGCUAUGCUGUUGUUUUUGUUGUUGCUGUUGUUGUUAACCGUGUCCUUCAAGGUUGACUUUAUACGAAUGCUACGUGAUUUUACAAAUCAGAAAUAUUGGCCUGUUAGAUGUGAUGUAAGAAAGGGAGAUAUCCCCAUUCAAUAAGCAUGGGAGUAAACCUUCAAUGCAUUGUGAUGAAACGUACUGAAUGACUGGUGAAUGACCUGGUCUUUUUAGUAUGUUUAGGGAGUGAAGCCCCAUGUGGUCCCUCCAGUCUUGAACAGUGAUGCGCUAAGGCCUGUCACGUGCUCUCUGCCCUUAAGAACUGUUUAUCUGUUCGUGCCCUGCAGUCUUUAUAAAACAUUCUCUUAGCUAAAACAUAAUGAACUCAAACCAAGAUACCAAUAUUCAUUGCUGGUACAGCAAACUGUUACACCACAAUUACAGCACAAUUAACUAAAACAAUUUACUAGGUGAAAUAUUGUGAUUGUAGUGUUUUUUUCAAUGCUACAUCUUAAUGCAAUACAUUUUCUAUGCAUAGGCAUUAGUUGAUUCUAGUGAUGCCCCAUGGCCUGUUGUGGUUUUGUGUUGUGUUCUGAACAUCCCUGUUUGUCAAUUAAGUAUUUGGAUUCAACGUCCUUCAUGUUCCUUUAGCAUUUUAGCACAAAUGCAGGUUUAGCUGCCAGCUGUGUUUAAUACCAGCAGCUAUCUGGACUUGGGGAAUACCUUCUCAGUGAAAAUCAAUUUGGUAAAUGUGUCAGUUAAACUCUCCUGUGUUUGAUUAUUUUAUCUUACAGGUACAGUGUGUGAUUUUUGGACCGACUGAUUAUUUGUCGUCUACAAUGUAGAACAAAUCGAUGAUAACAGAUUUCAAGAAUAAUUGAGUUAAUCUUGCAAAAUGUUUAUGAACACUAUGGAUAUGCCAGAGCUAGCUAUUGUCCACAGCUGUCUGCUGGCAUAGGAACAAAACAACAAAUAACAUUCCUGAAGCCAGCUGAAAAAGAUCCAUUUGAGUUAACAUUUACUCCAAACAUGCAGGCGCUCUAUCUAGCCUUGUUUAGGGACACCAUUUCUAUUCCAAGAGUGCAGGAACGUCUCCAAGACUCUCUGAUUCAGGGGAACAUCUGUGCUAUCUGCCAUCUGUGAUAUCUUUCCUUUAUGCUCAAAACCAUUCUUUAAAUGGAGUUGGGGUGAAAUGGGUAGUCUUUGUAACUUUCCAUGUCUCAGGGUUUUUCUAUGUCUGUGUGACAUUUUAAUCAUGGCAAUUGUUCAGCAGUGACUGAAGAAGAUAUGUUAUUUGUUGAAAAUGUAGUUGUUGUUUUGUUUUUUUUUACAUCAGGAGUACUUAAAAAGAGCAAAUAACUUCAGUUAUAGAAACAUUGCUAAAGAUUGUAAGAGAGUACAAUCACCCUGGAUGCCAUGCUGGGUGAUUCACACAGUAUACUUCAAAAAUAAACAUUCUGUUUAGAAUAUAUCUUAAAAAAUUGUAGGAUACUUAGAAAAGAAUGGACAACAUAAUAAUAAAGAAAUGAAAGACAAUUAAUUUAAUAAAAUGUGACCUUGACAAGAUGACUUGUACCUCUCAUUACAUCUCAUCAUUUGUCUGCAAUUUUCUU